CACACACCUGUUUGGGAGAACCGAAGAUCUGUGUGACACGAGAGCUUUGCUAUGCAUGCGCCCCACUUCUACGCAACCUCCGAGAUGGCAUCAGAACGCCGUCAGCUCCAGAGCAGGCCAUUGCUUGUAGACCUGAAAAAAGCUUGGAAUGCGCCAGCUCAAAACAUUUCCUACAUCGUUCCUCCGGACUGACCUAUUUUGAGACGUCGAAUUCACAAUUCUUAAAGGCGUGGCGACAAAGGAAAAGAACAACCAGUCGUGGAAGCAGCGAUUUAUCAUGGCCACGGACACUUUUCCUCCGGAAAAGCUGGCGAACAUAGCUCGAGAAGUGUCCGAACUGUUGAAGGAGAAGGAAAAGUCUGUUGCCGUUGCGGAGACCGCUGCGGGAGGCUUGAUAUCAGCGUCGCUACUUGCCACACCCGGCGCUAGCUCUAUCUAUAAGGGUGGCUUGACUCUGUACACGCUCGAGUCAAGAAUGGCGUACGCUGGAUGGACGGAGGCGACGCUCAAGGACUACAGAGGCCCAACAACGGAGAUCGUCGCUGGCCUUGCUGAGCACACGAGGAAGACACUGGGGGCCUCGUAUGUUGUCAGUGAGAGCGGAACCGCUGGUCCAAGUGGUGGCACCACGAAGAACAGAACGCCUGGUUAUGUGGCACUCGCAGUGAGCAGUGAGCAAGGCACAUACAAACGUGAGCUGGAUACAGGCUGUGGAAAAGACAGACAAGCAAAUAUGGUUGCAUUCGCUGUUGAAGCGCUAACUUUGCUGCGAGAUGUGCUGAAAGGUGACGCAAAGCUGUGACAAAAGAACAUCGUAGCACUUUGUAAUCAGAAGAGCGCCGACCUUGUGGUCCAUUGCUUCUUCUGAGAGACGAUCAGAUAUCGAAUUUCAAAAGGACUGCGCCGUUUGUGUGCAUUGCUUGGCCAGUCGUGAUUUCCGCAGAAAGCAG